AAGCGUUAGUCUUAUAAAAGUGGAACCAUCUUCCGUGGUUGAACGUCAGUUGCGGAACCUCUCACUACCAAUCCAUUUGUGCUCCUUUGACUAGAGCUGGAACUUUACCAUCCCAAACCAACCCAUCAAGAUUUCACCAUUUUGGAACGGAUCGACACCCUGUCUCAGAGUUUGAGACCCUCCUGCUCUGCUCAUUGUUCCCAUUCAAUGGGACAGCAGCUAUGCUGUGAGAUCUUGAAGUGCUCCAAAUGUUCAUCCAGUUAUUCCACGUGUCAGCAGUGUGACUUCAACUUGUCCUGGUUGAGAAGACUUUGUUUCUGUGUACUCUCUUGUUGUACUACUUGUUGUGAUAGCUCAUCGGGUUCACAGCCCAACCCAAUGGGACUUCGAAAGCGGAGUUCGAGUCCCAACGAGGGACCUGACAUACCACUUGCUCAAAUUGACGCCAUGGAACGUCGGAAGACGCGUCGAAGUCUGGCCUCUGUAUCGAAUAAACCGUCCAAGGAUUCCAGUUCUUGCGGAGGUGGUCAUCAGUUUAUUGAGGUGGACAAGUCCCUUUUGGAGGAAGGCAUUUCAUUUCAAUAUGUCUACAACUCUAACGACAGUGUGGAUAUGGAAGGAGGCAUCAGAAUAGAUGUUCCUCAAACCCAGAAACUUCCCCUUCCUGCCUCGAAGAAAUAAGAAAAUAAUAAUCUUUGCAACAAUCUCGUUCAGAAUCUCAUCUCUUUUGAUCAAUGUCAGUAAGGCUUUUUUAUGUUGUCUGCAAGGGAACUCAAAGAAGAGAAGUGUCAAGCUCAGACACGCAGGGGCACGUUUCUUUGUUUAUAUUAACAACGUCAGCUGACGUCUGGCAAGGCAUUUGACACAUUCCUUAAAUCACCUUGGUGGGUUCAUUUUCUUCUGCAUGGCAAAGUCAUUGGUGGCAUAGAGAAGAAGAGAUGAUACUUCUUCUUCUCAUUUGCUACUUGGACAAAGGAACACGCCAUUCCUCCAUGCAAACUGGUGUUUGAGGGUUGGUUUCUUGGAAUGAUAUUUUACGGAGACCAACUGUCUUGUCUAAAGUACAGAUCAAUGGCAUCUCUCAAAUGGACAGAUAUUUUCCCUUUUCCCUUGAGGAUUAAUUUGGCAGAAGAGAAUCACAUGUAUUUACUUGGCAGCUUUUAACGCUGCAACAACUUCAGUUCCAUUCCCUAUUACUUGAAAGCAAUGCGUAGCUUUGUUCCAGAAGCAGAUCAAAAGUUAAGUAAUUCGUCGAUACAUCUGUAAGCUUGUAUCAGGCCUCCCUAUCUCUUUUUGCAACCAUGAGUGUCCAAAAUAUUUGUAAUAACUCUCAACUAUUGCGUGUUCUUCCGUAAUGCUUCAGUAUAUUCCAACCCAAAUGCCAAUAUCCAAGAACAGAUCCAGUGUGAUUGAUAAAUUAUCGACGUUGUCCUCCA